AUGCAACAUCAGCAGGACUAUCAUGAGCAGCAACAACGGGAAAACGAGGCUGAAACACAUUCCCAACCAACACAAGAACAAACAACAAUACCAACAACAGUAUCACUGUUUGAUGGUAGUGAAAAUAUUACAGGUAGAAAUGGCAAUCCAUUAUUUACAAAUCGGAAUCGUCUAUCCAAAUCAAUGCAAAAUUUGACAGAGGUAGAUUUUGCCACAUGUUCUUCUCUGUGCGAAAAGUUUUAUGUAAUGAAUUUGUUGCAGUCGACGAGUAAAGAUAUGGCCAUCAUGGCUAUUGAUUGUAUUUUGAAUGGAAUUGUGGGGCCAUCAUCACAACAACACAUAUCUAGCACUGAAGAAAAUACAACAACAUGCUCUGUAUUACCAAAUCAAGAGGAUUGGCAAAACUUGAAGGCAUGGGGAUUAACGGAAGUUAUAGAAUUUGCACAUGAAUAUUACCAUGAUCAAUAUUUAGACUUUUUACAAUCAAGGCAACACCUCACCUCAUCAACAUGCAACAACUCUGAAUGUGGAGAGCCUCAAUUGAAAAAAGUAAAAAGAAUGCAUCACAGUAGUACACCACAUCAACAUGCAACAUGUGGUGUUAACAUGGAUACACAAAGAUACGAAUCUUUCUAUCAUGCAUUGGAAAUUAUGAGAGAAAUAAUUGAAAAAGAUCAAACAUCGUUCGAUGACAUUAAAGAUGCCAUACAGAACAUUUACAGACAACAUUUGAUUUCUAGUAUUGGAUACUAUGAAUCAUCGUAUAGGAAAAAUCCUCUUUUGGAAAAGUUUUACUAUCACAUUUUGGAACUGUAUAGACAAACAGACCAAAAAAUUGGAUGUAUCAAGUUUGCAGAAUUUGGAUUACUUUACAAUGGAAGACAGAUUAAAAAUUUGGAAAACAUGCUCAAUAAUAUUAACAAGGACAUGUUUGCAUUAUCACAUGCAUUUUUGGACAAACAUUGGAGACACUGUAGAGCCCAUCAAAAAUGUUUGGAGGGUGUAUUAAUGUUCUUUUGUGAUUGUACAGAUAAUGAAGCAAUGACUGGAAUUUUUGAAGAAUCCUAUUCAUUGGACCCUUCAUUUAUAUAUGCCUAUUGUAACAUAGGCUAUUUGAAAGGAUUUAAUGUGUUUGGGAAUAGAGAAUUGACGCAAGAGGGAAUUUCAUGUUUUCACAAGGCUCUCACAUUGUGCAAUCCUAGCGAUGAAUUUUUUAUCAAGGUUAACAGUACCAAGACACUUGGUGUGUUGCACAUGAUUUCUGGAAAUUUCCAAGAGGCAUUUGUUCAAUUUUCAAAAUGUUUGGAAAUCUUCCCUGAUUAUUAUCAAAUUUAUAAGGACAGAGCAGAAGCAUUUUCAAUGUAUGAUACUUUUAUGGCAAUGAAAGAUAUUGAGAAAUGUUUUGAAAUUGAGCCAGAGAGAAAAUCUGACAUGUGUACACUACUUAACAUGAAAGCUGUCCUUCUUCACAAAAUGGGGAGACCACAAGAAGAAAUUACAACUAUACUGGAGAAGGCUAUGAGUGUUGAUCCAACCAAUUCGUAUCCAUUCCUAACCCUUUCUAGUUUAGCUAUUCAAGAGGAAGAUUUGGAUAGAUAUUUGGAACUUCGGUCUAGAUUUAAAACGUACACUAAUCAAUCGGUUUCAGAUCUUCUCAAUCAAGAUAUUAAGGCUUUUGAAAUUUUCGAUCAAAUCUACAAUACUAAUCUUGAAGAUGAAUAUCAAGCUAAAAAGAAACAACAUGCUUCAACGUGGUAUAGAAUAUCUUAA